UCCAACCCCAAGGACCUGGCCUGCUCGUGUGGGAGCCAGUCCUGUGGAAUCUCAGAGUAGAGGGAAGGCUGACCAGUAGAUCUUCAUCUCCCCGGGGAAAGGCGAUCAGGAGGAGAACAAAAUGGCCUGGUGGAAAGCCUGGAUAGAACAGGAGGGGGUUACGGUGAAGGGCAGCCCCCACUUUAAUCCGGACCCCGACGCAGAGACCCUCUACAAAGCCAUGAAGGGGAUCGGGACCAACGAGCAGGCCAUCAUCGAUGUGCUCACGAAGAGAAGCAACGCCCAGCGGCAGCAAAUCGCCAAGUCCUUCAAGGCGCAAUUUGGCAAGGAUCUCACUGAGACCUUGCAGUCGGAGCUGAGUGGCAAGUUCGAGAGGCUCAUCAUGGCCCUCAUGUACCCACCAUAUAGAUAUGAAGCCAAGGAGCUGCACGAUGCCAUGAAGGGCUUGGGGACCGAAGAGGGUGUCCUCAUUGAAAUCCUGGCUUCUCGGACCAAGAUCCAGCUGCAGGAGAUAAUGAAGGCAUAUGAGGAGGACUAUGGGUCCAGCCUGGAAGAAGACAUCCAAGCAGACACCAGCGGCUAUCUGGAGAGGAUCCUGGUGUGCCUCCUGCAGGGCAGCAGGGAUGAUGUGAGUGGCUUUGUGGACCCAGGACAGGCCGUCCAAGAUGCACAGGAUCUGUACGCAGCAGGCGAGAAGAUUCACGGGACCGACGAGAUGAAAUUCAUCACCAUCCUGUGCACACGCAGUGCCACGCAUCUGAUGAGAGUGUUUGAGGAAUAUGAGAAAAUCGCCAGCAAGAGCAUUGAGGAUAGCAUCAAGAGUGAGACCCACGGCUCCCUAGAGGAGGCCAUGCUCACAGUGGUGAAAUGCACCCGGAACCUGCACAGCUACUUCGCAGAGCGACUUUACUACGCCUUGAAGGGAGCAGGGACAUGCGAUGGGACCCUGAUAAGAAACAUCGUUUCGAGGAGUGAGAUUGACUUAAAUCUUAUCAAGUGUCAGUUCACAAAGAUGUACGGCAAGACCCUCAGCAGCAUGAUCGUGGGAGACACCAGUGGUGACUACAGGAACGCCCUGCUGAACCUGGUGGGCAGCGACUCCUGAAGGCUCAGGAUAGAGCAAAGGCCAAGAAGCUGGAGCCACCGGGCCCUGCCUGCUCAACCUUGGCCAUGGACUUGGGGGGUGGGGUGACCAAACUUGCUUUUCAGUCUUCUAUCUCCCAGCUUCUGGUACUUUCAAGUCAGUUCCAGGUGUGAGCACAGGGCCAAUCUUAGCAUAAUCUGGCCUGACAAACACCUCGGCUCGAAGGGGUUGUUUCUUCCUCCCGACCCAGGCGUUUUCCCGAGCUCAACUGGUCACAGAGCCGCCUGGGCCCAGCUUACACAGAUACCCACCCCAUCUAUUAAAUCAGGUCUGCAGAGAAGAGACCAGAGAAUAAGAAAUUUUAAUAAGCAUCUCAGCUGAUGAGCCUCCUGAAAGGCCACCAGUGAGGCUGGGAGAGCCCAUAUGUUUCAGAGCACACACAUGUGAGCAGCUGAGAGAGAAACACAUGCAUUUGGGCCCACUGGGAUGCCACUAACAUUCGUUCAUCUAAACACGUUAGGGUACAGGCAGAAUGAACAUUCUCUCCCUGUCUAACUAACAGAGAAAGUUGCAAAUCAAUGUCCCGAUCCAAGGGCACUGUGCUCUAAGGGGUCCAGGCUUAUCCAGUCCUUGCUCAGAGGAGCUGUUCUUUCCUUUCCUGACACAAGUGUGGAGUAUCUCUUAUUCCAACCCGAUGCCAAGACACCGAGGCGCCUCUGCUGUGCUUUUCAGAAUAAUAAAGAUUGUACAUUCGAAUCUAA